AUGACACUGAAUGAAGAAGCAUCGCCAACAAUGAAUUCUGCAGCUAAUUCAGAAGAAUCUCAAGCUUCUCAUCCAGCUCAGAUGCAGGCCACCCGCCAAUUCGCCACGGACCUACCGGUUCUUUCAGAGACGGUUUCCCACACAGACUUAGGAGAGAACACUGAAAACAAAGGAGAUGCGGCCACAGCGCCCUCAAACUCUGACGGUAAACAGUUUUACCCAGAAGGUGGCAAAGAUGCUUGGUUGGUAGUCUUUGGCUCGUUCACGGCCAUGAUUGCUUCUUUUGGCAUCAUGAACACCAUUGGCACGUUCCAGACAUACCUCGCGUCCCAUCAGCUUAGUAGCUAUUCUGAGGGACAGAUCGGCUGGAUUUUUGGUGUCUAUGCAUUUAUCAGUUUUUUCGGGGGGAUUCAGAUCGGUCCAAUAUUCGAUGCUGCCGGACCACGGGGGUUAAUCGCUGCUGGGACAAUAUGCUUAGUUGCAGGUCUAAUGAUACUGAGCGUUUGUAAAUUGUACUGGCACUUUAUGGUAAUAUUCGGCAUCCUCACCGGUCUUGGCACAUCUCUUAUAUUUACCCCAGCCGUCGCUUCAAUUGGGCAUUGGUUUCUUGUCAAAAGGGGCUAUGCGAUUGGUCUAGCAACUACCGGCGGCUCAGUCGGCGGCAUCGCUUUCCCUCUGAUAAUACAAGCCGCUACUCCGAAAGUUGGGUUUGCGUGGGCUGUUAGAAUCGUGGGUUUUAUAUGUUUGGCCUUAAUGAUCAUUGCAAAUUGUUUGGUCCGCGGUCGACAAGAGUUUAUAGACGCAUCUCCUGGGUCGCAAACUCCAUCAGAUUCCUCCAUAGUGUCAAACAUAGACGGGGCCGCAACGGAAAAGAAGCAUUGGGCCUCUUUCCUUAAAUAUGGCUCGAAGAAUGGUAAAAGUAAGAAAUCGACGAAACCCCAAAGAAAGGGGGUAAAGAUAGACCUGAGUGCGUUUCGUGAUCCUCGGUUUACUCUCACAACAAUUGGCAUCUUCUUGAUUGAAUGGGGCAUAUUCGUCCCUCUCACCUACCUCACUUCGUAUUCCCUUAGAUAUCUCGGCCUGCCAGAAAACUUCUCUUACCAGCUUCUUGCAAUCCUAAACACUGGCUCUGUGUUCGGCCGUUGGCUGCCUGGAAUAGUCGCGGACAGAAUUGGGAGAUUCAACACGAUGAUAUUGACGGUUUCGUUCUGUCUCGUUGUCGUCCUAAGUCUAUGGCUACCAUCGAGUGCGGUUGCGGAGGAUAAUGUCGCUGGCCGAAAGGCAAUCAUGAUUGUGUUUGCACUGUUGUAUGGCUUUGGAAGCGGGAGCGGAAUUAGUUUGACUCCAGUGUGCGUGGGUCAGAUAUGCGACACAAGGGAGUAUGGGACAAAAUACGGGACCUGUUAUUUCUUCGUUAGUUUUGGAACUUUAACAGGUAUCCCCAUAGCGGGUCAGAUCAUCAACUCAAUGAACGGGAAGUUCACUGGCUUGAUCUUAUUCACUGCUGCCUCUUAUGUCGGAGCACUGCUCUUCUUUAUUGCAGCACGGAUUGUUGGGGGUGGAAAAUCAUGGAGGACAGUUUAUUAA